AUGGCUGCGCUGCCCUUCCGGCGGCCUUCUCGUCAGAGCUCCCGCCAGGCUUCUAGUGACCCUCGUGAUGAUAUCCAAUUGCACCAGGACCAUUUCAUCGGAAUUGAUGUAGGCACUGGAAGUGCCCGAGCCUGUAUCAUCAAUUCCAAGGGUGACAUUGUGGGGUUGGCCUCGGAGAAUAUCGGAUUAUGGCAGCCCGAGCAUGGAUAUUAUGAACAAUCCACUUCCGACAUCUGGCGAUGCAUCUGUAUCGCCGUGCAACGUGCCAUCAGCCAACACAACCUCAACCCUAAUAGCGUGCGAGGAAUUGGCUUCGACGCCACCUGCUCGCUGUCCGUCUUUGACGCAGAGACUGACGAGCCGGUCUCGGUGACGGGUCCAAACUUUGACUCGGAUCGAAAUGUCAUCCUCUGGCUCGACCAUCGGCCCGUCGAAGAGGCCGCCAAGAUCAAUGCCACGAACCACAACCUGCUUCGCUACGUGGGUGGAAAGAUGUCCAUCGAGAUGGAGAUCCCCAAGGUCCUCUGGCUCAAGAACAACAUGCCCAAGGAGCUCUUUGAUCGCUGCAAGUUCUACGAUCUGGGUGAUGCCCUAACCCAUAUCGCCACCGGCAAUGAGAAGCGGAGCUUCUGCAGCGUGGUGUGUAAGCAGGGUUAUGUCCCCGUCGGUGUCGAUGGUAGUGUCAAGGGGUGGCAGGAGGACUUUUUGAAUGAAAUUGGCUUGAGUGAUCUGACCAAAGACAACUUCAAGCGUAUGGGCGGCGUCAACGGGGUGAAUGGUGACUACCUCAGCGCCGGUGAGCUGGUCGGAACACUUUGUGAGAAAGCCGCCGCCGAGCUGGGUCUUCCUGCGGGCAUUGCCAUUGGCAGCGGUGUGAUCGAUGCCUACGCCGGUUGGAUCGGAACCGUCGGCGCCAAAGUCUCUCUGGGGGCAGCCCAAUUGACGGAAGAUGUCGCUCGAAAUGACAAGGCACAGGCCUUCACCCGCCUGGCCGCCGUCGCGGGCACAUCCACUUGUCAUCUCGCCAUGUCCCCCAACCCCGUCUUCGUCAACGGUGUCUGGGGGCCGUACAAGGACACCAUUCUCCCCGGCUACUGGAUGGCCGAGGGAGGACAAUCCGCCACGGGCGAACUGCUCAAACAUGUCAUCGAAACCCACCCGGCAUUCAACCAAGCGCUGUCGAUCGCCGAGUCCUACCACGCUAACAUCUACGAGUAUCUGAACGAGCACCUCAAAGAGAUGGUCCAAGACCAACAGGCCCCCAGUGUCUCUUACCUCGGCCGCCACUUUUUCUUCUACGGAGACCUUUGGGGCAAUCGAUCCCCCAUCGCCGAUCCCAACAUGACCGGGUCGAUCUUCGGCAUGACCAGCGACAAGAGUGUCGACGGCCUCGCCAUCCACUACUACGGAACCCUUGAAUUCAUCGCGCUCCAAACCAAGCAAAUCGUCGAGACCAUGAACGAGGCCGGCCACAACAUCACCUCCAUCUUCAUGUCUGGCUCCCAAUGCCAAAACGACAUCCUGGUCCGACUCAUCGCCUCCGCAUGUGACAUGCCCGUCGUGAUCCCCCGCUACAUCCACGCCGCAGUCUGUCACGGAGCCGCCAUGUUGGGAGCCAAGGCCGCCAGUGCCGACUCGGAGGGCCGCACGGAAGAGCUCUGGGACAUCAUGGACCGAAUGAGCAAGCCCGGCAAAAAGGUGAUGCCGACCACGGAUCCCAAGGAAAAGGCUUUACUCAAGGCUAAGUACGAGGUGUUUAAGGAGCAGUGCUUUGGCCAGCAAAAGUAUCGGCAGAUGGUCGAUGACGCCGUGGGUGAAUGGAAGCCGGAGUAG